UCGUACCGUUGCCUGAAAGAAAGAAAGAGAGAAAGAAAUGAAGAGAAAAGUCCACCCCAACAACUACUCUUUUCGACCUUUUCCCCCAAAUUCUCUUUCCCGCAGCCAAGUAACUAUCCAUUCCAGCUGAUCAAGAAGCAAAAAAUAACUAAAAGACCUUUUCCCUUUCAACUAUUCUUCUCUUCUUCAACCAAAAACAUAAUUUUUUUUUUGUUUAAAAAAACAAAACAAAAAUGUCUCUGCUAAUGCAACUCUCACCAUCUUCUUCCUCUUCUUCUUCUUCUUCGUCGCUGAUCUCAUUUCGCUCUGUUCUUCAUCGUCACCAACACCAACGUCGUGUUCCUCAACGGCCUUCUUAUCGGAUUCGGAAUCACCACUUCUCUUCUCUUUCCUUUUUCCUCUCCCUUGCCGAAUCCUCCUCCUCCCAUUUCCCCUUUCCUUGCGUUGCAAGCAACAAGAGGCGGCGGCGGAGACGGACGGUUUCGGCCGUCUUCGAGCGGGUCACGGAGCGGGCGGUCAAAGCCGUGAUCUUCUCCCAGAGAGAGGCCAGGGCUCUCGGCAGCGACGUCGUUUUCACUCAGCACCUCCUCCUCGGCCUCAUCGCCGAGGACGACGGGAAGUUCCUCGGAUCGGGAAUCACCGUUGACCAGGCGCGUCUUGCCGUUCGCGCCAUCUGGAGCGGCCGGAUUCCGGCUGAGGAUGUUGGGGAUUCCGAUCCUUCCGGCUCCUCUGCCGUCCAAUUGCCGUUCUCGAUCAGUACGAAGCGGGUGCUGGAGGCGGCGGUGGAGUAUUCGAGGGCGAGAGGCCAUAACUUCAUUGCGCCAGAGCACAUCGCUCUCGGUCUCUUCUCUGCGGACGAUGGCAGCGCCACUCGCGUCCUCCAGAGAUUGGGGGCGAAAGUAGACCAAUUGGCUGCUGUAGCAGUGGCCAAACUUCUCGUGGAGCUUGCCAAAGAUGGAAGAGAAUCAUCAGGAAUAUCCCAGAGUUCAAGUGAAAAGGCUUUCUCCAACAAAGCUGCUCUUAUGAAAUCAACUGGAAAAACAAAAGAGAAAAGUGCUUUGGCACAAUUCUGUGUGGAUUUGACUGCUCGUGCUAGUGAAGGACUUGUUGAUCCUGUUAUUGGCCGGGAAAAUGAAGUUCGUAGACUUAUUCAGAUACUUUGUCGCCGAACUAAAAAUAACCCAAUUCUUCUUGGCCAAAGUGGGGUUGGAAAAACCGCCAUUGUCGAAGGACUGGCAACUAGAAUUUCACAACAAGAUGUUCCUGAUUUUCUGUUGUCGAAACGUGUAAUGUCCUUGGAUGUUGCACUAUUAAUGGCAGGAGCAAAGGAAAGAGGGGAAUUAGAGAAACGUGUUACGACAUUGAUUAGCGAAAUACAAAAAGCAGGGAAUAUAGUUCUUUUCAUUGAUGAAGCCCAUAUACUUGUUGAAUACAGCGCAGCUGGAAAUGGAAAUAAGGGUUCUGGUCUAGAUAUUGGUAAUUUAUUGAAACCGUCACUUGGGAGGGGUCAGUUACAGUGCAUUGCAUCCACCACUGCAGAUGAAUACAGGCUACAUUUCGAAAAGGAUAAAGCAUUAGCACGAAGGUUUCAGCCAGUCUGGAUUGACGAACCAAGCAAGGAUGAUGCAAUUAAGAUACUCUUAGGCCUAUGUAAGAAAUAUGAAGCCCAUCACAAGUGCAGAUAUACACUGGAAGCCAUACAUGCUGCCGUAAAUCUAUCGGCAAGAUAUAUAUCUGACAGGUAUCUUCCUGAUAAAGCCAUUGAUCUCAUUGAUGAGGCGGGAAGUAGAGCUCGUAUUGAAGCUUUUAAGAAGAAAAGAGAACAGCAAAUCGGUAUACUUUCAAAGUCCCCUGAUGACUAUUGGCAAGAAAUUAGAACUACGCAAGCCAUGCAUGAAGUGGUCCUCACAAGCAAGCUGAAAAAUGUUGCUGCUUUUGGCAUGGAUGAUACAAGUGAACAUGUUGCAGAUUCAGCUUUGCCUUCCUCAUCAGACAAUGAACCUUCAGUGGUGGGGCCAGAUGAUAUAGCAAAAGUUGCUUCACUAUGGUCGGGGAUACCUCUUGAGCAACUCACCGCAGAUGACAGAAUGCAUCUCGUCGGUCUUGAUGAACAACUAAGGAAACGAGUUGUUGGUCAAGAUGAGGCUGUGACUGCCAUUUGUCGGGCUGUUAAGAGAUCCCGUGUUGGUCUGAAGGAUCCUAAUAGACCUAUGGCAGCACUGCUCUUUUGUGGCCCUACUGGGGUUGGAAAAACUGAACUGACAAAAGCUUUGGCUGCAUGCUACUUUGGAUCGGAGGAAGCCAUGUUACGCCUUGACAUGAGUGAAUAUAUGGAGCGGCAUUCUGUUAGCAAAUUAAUCGGAUCACCCCCAGGUUAUGUUGGCUAUGGAGAGGGAGGGACUUUAACGGAAGCUAUUAGGAGACGCCCAUAUACAGUGGUGUUGUUUGAUGAAAUUGAGAAGGCCCAUCCAGAUGUGUUCAACAUGCUUCUCCAACUAUUUGAAGAUGGUCACCUCACAGAUUCUCAGGGAAGAAGAGUGUCUUUUAAGAACGCAUUGGUGGUGAUGACUUCUAAUGUGGGUUCCACAGCCAUUGCAAAGGGUAGACACCGCUCCAUUGGUUUCUUGACUACAGAUGAUGAACCAACUUCAUAUUCUGGAUUGAAAGCGAUAGUAGUGGAAGAACUCAAGGCGUAUUUUCGUCCAGAGCUGCUCAACAGAAUUGAUGAAGUCGUCGUGUUCCAUCCCCUUGAAAAGGCUCAGAUGCUUGAGAUUUUUAAUAUAAUGCUGCAAGAGGUCAAGGGAAGGCUCAUAUCGUUAGGAAUUGGUUUGGAAGUGUCAGAGUCAAUCAAGGACCUUAUAUGCCAACAAGGGUAUAGUGAGAUAUAUGGCGCUCGAGCUCUCAGGCGAGCAAUCACAUCGAUAAUUGAAGAUCGGUUGAGCGAGGCACUACUUGCUGGAGAGUACAAGCCUGGUGAUACUGCCAUUGUUGAUUUGGAUGACACUGGAAACCCAUACGUGACAAAUCAGUCAAACCCAAGAAUCCACUUGUCUGAUGCAACAUCCAAUCCAUCCCGUAGUUAAACUCACGACGGCCUUUUGUACAGGCACAUCAUAUGUGUACGUAGUUUCCUUUUUUUUUUUUUCCUACCGGAGUUUUUAUUAUUCUUUUUCGAAAGAAAAUUAAUUGUAAAUAAGUACAGCUUCAAGUUAUUCUUUCAAGGAUUAUACAUACAAGAUGAAUGGAAUAGAAAAAAUUGGUAUUUAUACAU